CCGCGCGGGGACAGAAGGCUUCUCGGAGGAUCCUCCGCUUGUCUCGGCGUCGCCGUGGUUCUCGGCUCAACUCGUCCCCGACAGCCGCUCCAGUCUUCCCUUAACCCGACGCCCCUUCUCCGAGGGAAACUUCUGCCCUCGCGUCGACUCGGAGCAGGUGGUGCAGGGUGUUGAUCCUGGAAACUUGCACCAGAGAUUUCAGCUGUUCCUCCUGAAGAUCAUCUCCAGCCGUCAAUCUCGCUUGGACUCUAUGGCUGCCAACGUCACCCCCCGGGGCUGCGGCCCCAACUUGGACUCUCUCUAUUACAAAUUGUGCGAUUUGAACGCAGUGUGGGGUAUCGUCCUGGAGGCUUUCGCCGCAGCCGGUGUUGUGUCUUCCAUCAUUUUGUUCAUCUCGCUGCUGGCCAGCCAGCCUUUCAUAGGGGACAAGAACCGCAAGAGCGCGGCGGCUCUCCACGCCUUUUUCCUGGUCUGCACCUUUGGCCUCUUCUGUCUGACGUUUGCCUUCAUCGUGGAGAAGGACUUCUCCACCUGUGCUUCGCGGAGGUUCCUCUUCGGAGUGCUGUUCGCCGGCUGCUUCGCCUGCCUCCUGAUGCAAUGUGUGCGGCUCAACAUACUCGCCAGAAGGGACUGGGGGCCCAGGGUCUGGGUGCUGCUCCUGGGGGCCCUGGGGCUGUGGCUGGUGGAGGUGGUCAUCAACACGGAGUGGCUUAUCAUCACGGUGGUACGCCAUCCGCAACAGGGGCUUAACACCACGGCGAAGGACAGCAGGGCCACGGCUAUACCCUGCAAUAUUGCCAACCAGGACUUCGUCAUGGCGCUUAUAUACGUGAUGAAUCUGAUUGUGGCGGUGGUUGUGGCGAGUCUGGCUGUCAUGGUGGGCAAGCACAAGAAGUGGAAGGCGGAAAGCACCUCAAUACUUUUGACGAGCUUGCUGUCGGUGGGGAUCUGGGUGGCAUGGAUCGUCAUGUACGUGUACGGGAACGAGAAGACAGGAGGGCCAACGUGGGACGACCCCACUUUGGCCAUAGCCUUAGUGAGUAACGCUUGGGUGUUUCUCAUCCUCUACACCGUCCCUGAACUCUGCUGUUUCGUCAGUGAAGAUGACAGCACACAGGGCUACGGGGAGGACCUGUACCCUAGCCGAGGGGUGGGCUACGAGACCAUUCUCAAAGAGCAGAGCUCCCAGAACAUAUUCAUGGAAAAUAAGGCUUUCUCUAUGGAGGAACCCAACCCAGGUAACAAGCCGGUGUCGCCCUACAGCGGCUACAGUGGCCAGCUCCGCAGCUCAGUCUACCAGCCCACCGAACUGGCCCUCAUCAGCAAAGGAAUUGGCAACCACCAGACGGAGUUGUCCUUCGACUCAGGAAUCCCCAGGGCCUCCGCCAACUCCGCAGCCAACAGCGGGAGCAGCACGCCUCCGCCGCACACCGAGAUGGGGGAUGCCUCAAACACGCAGACAAACGGCAACAGCGUAGGGGAAUGGACUGCAUAGGAAGUCCCAGUGGUAAAAUGUGCCGCGGCUUUCAACACCCUCUCCCGACACCUCUCAGUUCCUGUGUUUUCAUUUGCACCUGCCGAGCGUAGUUUUGCUUCCCAAAGCUGGUAUUAAUAGAGGAACCAUUCGCCCCAGAAUAAGGAGGCAAACACCGGGUCACCACCGCCGAUGGAAAACAGUUAAGCCUUUCAUUGAUGGACUUGCCACGUACCUCUGGGUACCAGACAGUAUACCAGCUUCAUUUGGACAUCAGAGCAUGGGGCGAAGCCACGGCUUUGCUCAAUAACAAUGGCUUUUUGCAAUGGUCACCAUUUGCUGAGAAUGGACUGUGAUCUCUCUGCUGGAUCAAUGGACGCAGAUGCAGAGUGGCCAUGCUGACAGCACAGAAUAGUGCAAAAGAACAGCCUCCUGAAGACUGCACACACACACACACACACACACACACAAAAUGUUACUAUCGUCUCUGAAGUAAACAGCAAAUCAGAAACCAUGUAGGCAGAAGGUGUGGCGCAUCACUCGAGGUGCAGCAGUCCCAGGUGGAGAAACCGUGGCACACAUAAUUGGGACAUGGCUCAGCAUAGACUAUGCACGUCUAGACUGCCUCGAAAUAAGGCUAUUUAAUCAUGAGGCUGUGACUUGUAAUCAAAAUCCACUCACAUUAGUUUAAUAGAGAGACAACGUGUGCACAGUCAAGUUUCAUCAUAGGUGUCGUGUUUUUUUGUGUGCCCUGGAUUAUGAACUUCAUUUGUGGCAGCCAGCAGCCAGACAUCAAAUUAAACUAUGGGGCAUUAAAUACAUGUAAAUAUGUUAAUGUGUCAGUGGCUCCUUGAAUGCAUGGAAGCAUUUUGGGAAUAUUCAUGUUUAAAAAAAAAACUAUUUAUAGCAUGCUCAUGUGCUAUUUAAUUUUAAUUUUGCAAUCUAACCCUAAUGAUAAUGACACAUAUUCAGUUUAAAAAAAACUGUUAACGGCACAGCGCACAGCCAUUAGUGUGCCAGCAUUUCAUUCUAAAUGUUAAGUGACCAUUCACCUCCGAAACUGUACAUAGUUUGUCAUCUGACCAACAUCUUCUGAAGUUCACGCGAGGUCACCCGGUGACGGGGGGGGGGGGGGCAGACUGCGUGACAGCAGACGCAAUGGGAACUAGAGUAACUGGAUGAUCCCAUCAGGUCACCGGCGCUUGUCAGACGCCGUUAUCUCGAAAGGUAAUUAGUUUGGGGGAUGCAACAGUUUCCACUCUCUUUCAAUUGCACAGGUCAUUUUCAUAUUCACCCGUGAUAAGGUCACGCAGCGCUGCCCUCGGGGUCCUCAAGCGCCAGACAGCAUCAGCGGAUGCCAGAGUAAAGGUUACGAAAGGCCGCGGUUACAUAAGCCGGAGAAGUGGGCAGACGCAAGACUUCAUGACCGCUCUUUCAAAUGUCUAUUGGAGCAGACCGCCGGCCUACGCUUCAUCAGAUAGCCGGCGCGGAUGCCCUUUGGCGUGUGCUGGGGCCGAAUCGCUGUAUUAUUUCUAGGGACCAUUCAUGUUCACUUUGAUAUUCAUGUAUUAGAAUUUCACUGUACCGCACUAUGGAAGAUGAGUUUGUUCAGUUUGUUUAUGAGAAUAAAAGGUGUAACAA